GUCGCAAGGCUGGUUUUGUACGCAAAGAGCCAGCUGCCCGGGGUCGAGAUCUUGAUGAGCAAGAAGGAUGUGGCGGGUGCCUUUCGGCUUCUAUGGGUGGAUCCGGGUGAUGUCGAGCUGUUCGCGGGCGACUUGCCGUGGGUCCCAGAAGAGAUGGAGGAGGGCAAGCCGGUGGACCACGUCGCCAUGACGAUUGUCUACCUGGUCAGCUCUUUUGGGUUCUCGGGCUCCCCGGGCGAAUGGACUGUUUGGGGAAAGGCGACGGAGGAGUUUCUGAGAAAGCAUUGCCCAGCGUGUCCCCGGCGCGACCUGUCAUGGGGCUUCGAGAGCCGCAUCCUCGUUGACGACAAUGUGCUCGUGGAGCCCAAAGUCGGUUUGAGACCAUGGGUUGCGAGCGAGGUGUAUGAGCUCGGCGUGAAAACUUUGCUUGGCGAGGCUGCCGUGAACCAGGAGAAGGACUUGAUCGAGGGCCCCUUCCGCACGUUCCAAACUGUGUGGGGCCUCGACAUGGAUACCGCCACGGAGGAAAUUCAUCUGCCAGAGCGGAGGAUCAUCAAAGGGGCCACCCUGUUGAGCGAGCCCGCCUUCGAGUAUGGCAACAAGGACCUCGCAGUCCGGGCGGUGCAGCGGUUCAGGGGCAUCGCCACUGGGUGGACCGUAAUUGUCAAAGGCUUGAAAAACGAACUGAAGGUCGAGCCGAAGGUCACCGAACCCGCUGACGAGGAGUCCGUCGACGAGGCUUGGCGGGACCUGUGGGAGCUCUUUGAGGAGGCCCGGAGCUUCUACCUGUUCGUGAACGUUUGGCUCUCGGGGGAGUGGGAUGCGGGCACUGUGUUCGUAUCCUCUGAUGCAACCAAGACCAUGAUCGCGGCCAUCGACUGGACCAAUGGGAUGGUGAUGCGAAUGCCGGCGAAGGCGGCAGCGACGUGGGUCCAGCAAUGCGGGGAUGACGACGAGAUUGCGAUCCACGUCGCCGAGAUGCUCUCCUUCCUGGCCUUUGCGUGCCACGUGGGGGAGACGUGGCAGGGCAAGGUGGUGCUUUACGGCGGAGACAACAAGAUCGUCCGCGAGUGGAUUGUGGGACGAAAGGCAGGUACUCGAACAGGCCGAAUUUUGGUGCGCCUGGCCAACGUGCUCGAAAUGAGGUACCGCUUUGUGCUCGUCGCGACUUGGUGGCGGACCUUCCACAAUGUUCACGCCGACCUGUUAACCCGGUGCUCCGACGAUGAGUUCCUGGAGCUGGUGAACCAGAAGGGCUGGAGAGUGGUGGAUGUGGUCGGCUCUCUUCGGCAAGCGGUGGCAGACUCCGAGCGCUUUGGCCCGUGCCUGUUGGCUUGGGGUGAGGAAGAUCGCCGGGUCCUCAUGCAGCUUAAGCAGCGCCGACUCAAGAGGGCGCUUCCGCGAGCACUCAGCCCCGAUUGGGGGGCCUUCAAGGCGGUGGAGUUGUGCGGCCCAAACAGGAUUGUCACGGACUUCGCUGAUGCGGUGACCGCGGCGGGGGGACAAUGCAGGCGGGCUACGUGGUCGGGUCCCGUGAAUGCGGGCGAGGUCGUCUUUGCCUCCCUCCCACCGGAUGUCCAUGGCAAGUGCUUGCGAGCGGUCACCGAGGCGGUGAUCGAAGGGCGGCCUCUCCUUGUCGUCCUGGAAGGCCCACGUCAGGCACCAUGGGAGGAGGCGACGCGUUUGCUUGAUGAGGCCCAGUGGUCCACCGAGCUCAACGAGUACCUUACCAGUGAGUUCGGGGAGUUCGCGGUGAGGCGAAGGAAGUGCCUGAUUGCGACCGUUGUUUUUGCCUUGGAAGAUGCCUUCAGCACCGCGACCUCGAGAAGUGUGCUUGGCCCACCGAUGAGCGCAGCACUGUGCCCGACGAAGCUGGUGCCGAACGAAGCCUGGGUGUACCCAGACAAGCUGGUCGUUGAUGCUGGGAUACCCCGCGAACCUCUCCUACCUCUUCUCAAGGGUCACUACUGGCUACACGGAGAACGGAUGAAGGACUUCACAGAUGUUUGGUUUGGGAUCCCCGGGGACCUCCAGGUAUGGCAAUGCCAAGGCAGGGACGCGAAGCUUUGGGCCGAUCUGGUGCGCAGGGGCUUCGGGACGGAUCACAUCCUUCUCGAAGGCAGCAAGGCCACGGGGGGCCAAACCGCGUCUGCCUUGGUUUUGAUGGCCGGCUACAUGAUCAAGCCGGAUGGACGCGCCGGAGGAUGCAACGACCCCUUCGACGAUCUGAACGUCACCAAGCUCCUGGAGUGGUUGAAACGUUGGAAGCGGGGUUUGUUCCCUCGGGCUGGCGACGAUGGUCGAGCCGGGGGGCACGAGAACACCGUCGAGGAGGAGAUCUACGAGGAACACCGCGGACGAGGCGUUUCGGGCGAUCACCAACGACACGCUGGAGCUCACCACCGACGGCUUGUGUGGCGAUGGGGCGACGGGCU